CUGGCACACGUGUAGGUCCGUAUAUAAGCCAGGGUGUGUGUCAGGGAGACCAGAAGUCAUCUUCUCGACGGCGUUGGCACAUCUAAGGAUAUAUCCGAAGUGGUUCCAUCAUGAAACUUUUGGUUUUGGCGGCCCUAGUCGCGGUCGUCGCGUCAGGUCGAGAUGGCUUAGCCAAUCAUAACAACGAAGGCCCCUGGCAGACCGGGAAGCUGUACAGCUACGAGGUCCUCUCCAGCACCCUCGCGCGGCUCGAGGAGGGCGCCAGCACCGGCGGCGCCUUCCGCGCCCGCUUCACCGUCCGCGCGCGCGGCCCCGGCCGCCUGCAGGCACGGCUCGACCAGCCCCAGCACGCCCAGAUCCACCAGGACCUGCCCAACACCUGGGCUCUCCCUGCCGACCUCAAAUAUCAGGACGUUGACAACCUUAACCAAAUCUUCGAGAUCUAUCUCGACGGUGGCCGUGUCAAGUCACUUAAACUCCCAACCUCUGUCUCCCUUCAAAAUGAGAAUCUGCUCAAAGGUCUCAUCAGCGCCCUCCAACUAGACUUGUCUGCUCAUAGGAACCGGCAUUCCGCGCAUGAUCAUCUUGACCAACAAACUCAGCAGGGUCUGUACAGGAAGAUGGAGACGGACGUCACCGGUGACUGCGAAACAUUGUACGCCAUCCUGCCAGUCGCUGCCGAAUGGCGCCGAGAGCUCCCCAACUUUUCCGAUCUCAAAGAAGAGCCUUUCGAAGUCACCAAGAGCAGGGACUACAGACGCUGUCACCACAGAGUCGCGUACCACUUUGGAGUACCCCAUGAACUCCAGUGGACCGGUACCCCGGAAAACCCUCAAGACGAGCAGUUCAUGAAGCAGAAAAUGUACUCUCGCAUCCUCGUCGGCAACCAGGGUCCUAUUUACAAGUCUGAGACCACCAGCACAGUUCACGUUAACCCCCAUCUUUACGGUAAACAGAAGGCUGAGGUACGCAGCACUGUGGUGCUGACUUUAGUCAAGUACGACCAGGACAAUGAAGCCGAAUGGCAGGUACCUGAAGGGCGGGUCAUCAAGAACCUUCUGUACGCAAUGAACUCCAAGCCAGUCACUAUCCAGGACUCAUCGUCUUCCGAAUCGUCAUCGGAAUCUCACGAGCACCAGCACCAUCACCUCCACAAUCAUGAAAGCCAACAGAAUGAGGAUAACGAGGGCGAAGACAACCUGAAUAGAGUACGCCGUUCCUUGAGGCUCAAGAAAUACGUGACCGUCAACAAGGUGCUCAUCAAGCGCAGCGAUGAAGACAAGUCCUGGGACUCUGACUCGACGUCAGCGUACGUCAACGAUGACUUGCCUAACAUCAACGAGCCCGCCUACGCUGCCCUAUACAUGAGCCCCCAGCCCCGCGUGGACAAGAAGCAGAACCCGAUGAACGCCCAGAAGCUCAUCCAAGAAAUCGCGCAGCUACUUCAGAACCCUAACAACAUGCCCAAGAACGACUUCCUCUCCAAAUUCAACAUCUUGGUGCGCGUCAUUGCCGCCAUGAGUUCUGAACAACUCAGCCAGACCAGUCGCAGCAUUGAAGUUGCCAAGUCUUCCAACAACAUCCUGAAGUCUGACAUGUGGAUGAUCUACCGCGAUGCUGUGACCCAAGCGGGCACCUUACCGGCUUUCCAGCAGAUCAAAUCCUGGAUCAUGAAUAAGAAGAUCCAAGGAGAGGAGGCUGCUCAGGUCAUCGCUUCCCUUCCCGCUACUCUGCGUUACCCAACUAAGGACGUCAUGAUUCAGUUCUUCAAGCUCGCCAUGAGUGAUGAGGUUAAGGAGCAGAAGUACUUGAACACCACCGCUCUGAUCGCCGCCACCAGACUUAUCAACCACGCCCAAGUAAACAACGAGACCGCUCACAAAUACUAUCCCACUCACAUGUACGGUCGUCUCGCCAACAAGUACGACAACUUCGUUCUCGAGGAGAUCCUGCCGCGUCUGAGCCAAGAGCUGCAGCAAGCGAUCACAAACAACGAUAACCACAAAGCUCAGGUCUUCAUCAAGGCUAUCGGUACUCUAGGGCACCGUAGCAUCUUGGAUAUCUUUGCUCCGUACUUGGAAGGCAAGGUCCCAGUGUCCAACUACCUCCGCGCCCAGAUGGUGUUGAACCUGGACGUGCUAGCUCACGAGAGGGAUCAUUUCGUGCGUGCUGCUCUGUACAGUAUCCUGAAAAACACGGCCGAGCCGUACGAGGUGCGAGUGUCAGCGAUCCACAACAUCUUCAUGACUCGCCCGACGGUUGCGAUGAUGCAGGCGAUGGCGGAGAUGACCCAGAAGGACCCGAGCAUAUUCGUCCGCGCUGCGCUUAAGGAAAGCAUCCAGUCUGUUGCUGGACUUAAGGACCCGCGUUAUCAGACCCUCGCCAGAACCGCCAAAGCCGCCCUACCUUCUCUCACCAAGGACGACUUCGGCAGCCUUAACCUGGCCAAGAAGUUCCGCGAGUAUUUCGGCAGGGACGAGUUUGGCAUGAUGACCGUCAUGUCGUACGUCAGCAGCGAGGAGUCACUGUUCCCCAAGACCUUGAAGUACUCGUGGAAGAGCUGGUCCUAUGGAUACCCUAGGAUGAACACGAUUGCCGCAUCGUUCUCAAACUACCGUCAAUUCAUCGAUCUGCUUAUGCAAAAGAUGACCACAGAGCGACAGACCGCUCCCCAAUCCGCCGACCACAAAUACUCCGCUGAAAAGAUCGCUGAAAUGCUGAACAUCAAGCACGACUCCCAGAAACCCCUCCUGGCGUCGUUCUUCAUCGACUUCAUGAACCAGCAGAGAUAUUUCAGCCUGACUCAGGAAGAUAUGAACCGCAUUCCAGCCCUCUUCGGAGAGUACUUGUCUAAUCUCAACAAGGGUUACGACAUCCACUACACCAAGGUCUUCAACCAGGCUCAGAUCUCCAUCAUGUUCCCUCUCGCCUCUGGCAUGCCUUUCAUCUACAAAUACAAAGAGCCUACCGUUGUCCACAUCCAGGCUAAAUCUAAGGGUCAAAUCAACAUUCCGUCUAUCCGGAACCGUGAAUAUUCCAUGAAGCAAGAUAAUGAGAUACAGUUCACAUACGCCAGAAACAUUGAGGGUAGCGUUGGUUUCUUGAAUACCCUGGACAGCCAGUUCGUCAGCGCUGGCAUUGUGACCAAACACCAGGUUAACGUUGCCACAAAGGUCCAAAUCCAAGCUAAAGCUGGGGAGGUCAAAAUCCGUCUUGAACCCCUCCGCCCUGAGCAGGAGACAACGAUGGCUUACUUCAGCGUGUGGCCUUACACGGCCAAUCAGAAGAAGGACUCUCUGACUCCAGUAUCUCUCGACCCGACCACAAAAGUAAUCACGCGUAGAAACAAAGUGGUGUCUGUUGACUACAAGUUCGGACAGGGCACUGGCACCCAGUUCCAGCUGCAAGGAUACUCGUAUUCUAACGACUACAGGAACUACGGAACCACGAUGCAGGGUCAGGAUCUGCUGUCGAAUAUCAUCUUCGCUCUGAACCAGAGAGAUGUUGCCAUGACGCACUUAAACUUCAGAUAUCUUGGAAAGCAGUCCCAAAACAAAGCUAUUGCUAUCACCGUUGCUUACGACACUCUCUACAAUCAGCAAGAGCCCGAAGCUCCUGUAGUAGCGUCCGAAAUCCAAGACGUUACCCCUAUCAGCGCGACCCGCCGUCAAGAGAUCGUGAAGCGUGCUGUAGCUGGCAUCAAGGACGCCAGAGCUCAUAUCAUCGACCUCAGCGCCACCUUCGAGGGACCCCAGAAAGCUGAAUACAUGCUCACCGCCGCCGUCGGCGACAGCAAAGUUGAUCCCAAGAUCAGAUACGCUUUCUUCGCAGCCAGAAACUCAGCUAAAUACGGAACUAACCAGGUCAACUCUGUCGGCAAACUGAACAAGCCUGCCGCGUCCACUCUGAACUUUGUUGAAGCCCUGCAGAAGGAACUGAAGGCCAGCUUUGAAGCGGACUUGAACCUCGGCCAGAAGAACGGAAAUAUCCAGAUCAAGGGAUCAGCUGAGCGCACCAAGAAAGCCACUGAGGAAAUCCAACAGAGCCCCUGGGCCAAGCAGAGCGUCCAAGAAAUCUCCCGCAACAACCAUUACCAGGAGGCCAGCAGAAUGAUGAUCGAAAUGGCGUACGCUCCUACUUACGUUCAGGCUUCGGUGUCCUACAAAGAUUUAAGCCCUUCUUUCAUUAACAUGACCUACCACGCUUACAAGGCAUUGACCACCUACGGUUACUGGUAUUCUGAUAUCAACAUAAUGAAGAAAUCAGCGGAGGGUAAACUCGAUUUCGAUGCGGAGGCGUCCUACAUUGAUAACUACCUGAACUUGAACAUGAUCUCACGAUACGGCCAUCUUAAGAUGAACAACUUACCAAUCCCCAAGACCAGCGCUGCUGCUUUGUCGUUCUACGCGCCGGUGAAUGUUUACGAGCGCGUCCUUAAUCGCUUCACCAGGCAACAAUACCUGCCCUACUGCAGCGUUGACGGCUCAAAGAUCAGGACGUUCAGCAACCGCAGCUUCGACUACACCUUGACCAGUUCCUGGCACGUGGUGGUGCAGGACAACGCCAAGUACGCUGGACAGCAAGGAGUGAGCAACGAGCAGCUCGUCAUCCUGGCCAGGAGGCCUGAGGAGAAGAAGCAGGAGAUCUAUGUCUCGUUCAAAUCAGACACCGGCAAUCACUUGGAAAUGGAAGUCCAGCCUGCAGCUAGUCUCAACUUGAAGGAAGGAUUGAAAGUCACCACCAAUGGCAAGAAAGUCUCCGAAGGUGACUUCACCAUGUACUGGGACGAAGCCAAAGACGCCCCUCUUCUGUAUUACUACAAUACCGACGGUGCGUGGAUGUUCGUGAUUGGAAAUGACCGUCUCCGCGGCAUCUACGACGGCCAACGACUAGUGAUCUGGGCGAGCAACAAUCGUAACAACAUCAGGGGAGUGUGCGGAUACAUGAGCGGCGAGCCCCGCGACGAUUACCUUACCCAGUACGGUAUCGUCGACAAACCUGAGCUCUACGCUGCUGCCUACGCACUGAACACUGAGAACGCUGAUUCUCACACCCAGCAACUGUCAAAACAAGUUCGCGAACAGGCCUACAAGCCCCACUAUCACUACACAUCUAUUCUCCGGUCAGACGACCAAUGGAGACAAGAAAUGGAGUCCUCAGAUGAGGAUCGUAGCAACAUCGUGUACAGAACUCGCAGCUUCCAAAAGCAACAAGGUCCUUGCCACAUGGAAAAGCAAGUGCAGUACUAUCAGACCGACAAGGAAAUUUGCAUUUCAACAGUCCAAGUGCCCGCCUGUGAGAAGCAUUGCAGAGGUCUGAACUACCAGGUCCGACCGGUUCAGGUCGUCUGCCGGCCAGCAGUCGACUCGCAGUUCCAGAACUACAGAAACCAGAUCCAGAGAGGAGAAAACCCUCAAGUCAGCGGCCAGGAACAAGCUGCCCAGUACAGGGUUCCCAGUUCUUGCCAGGCUUAAAAAUAAUGG